UAAAAAGUGUUCACUAGAGGGCCUCACAAUUCCCGUGGUUCCGCUUCCGCCAGCACUAGGCCUUCCUUUCCUACCAAGCUCUUCGAGGAGGCUUUCGCCAUGGAGGAUGAAAACCAGCAAGAGUUGGCCAAGAAGAAGCGUACUUUCCGCAAGUACACUUAUCGCGGUGUCGACCUGGACCAACUGCUUGACAUGUCCAGCACGCAGCUGAUGGAGCUGAUGCACUGCCGUGCAAGGCGGCGUUACUCGCGUGGUCUGAAGCGCAAACCUCUGGCCCUCAUCAAGAAGCUUCGGCGCGCCAAGAAGGAGUGCGGCCCGCUGGAGAAGCCCGAGGUUGUCAAGACGCACUUGCGUGACAUGCUUGUCGUGCCCGAGAUGGUCGGCUCCAUCGUCGGCGUCUACAACGGCAAGGCUUUCAACCAGGUCGAAAUCAAGCCUGAAAUGAUUGGCCACUACCUCGGAGAGUUCAGCAUCACCUACAAGCCUGUGAAGCAUGGUAGGCCCGGUAUUGGUGCUACACAUUCUUCUCGCUUCAUCCCUCUGAAGUAGACCAAUAAACUCGUUCCUCCCAUUGUUCGUUCA